GUCACGGAAAUCGUGCGGCGGAAUCAUGACAACUUUGGGCGUACAACAUGACGCAUGUCAUCGCGGUUCUGUCCACGAUUCCUAGGUUAUCUUACCACCUGCAGUCGCGGCUGCCGAAUCUGCGCAUUUCAGACGUGUCGCCAGGACAAUCAGAUACUUUAUCCAAGCUUAACACAGCGGAAAUAUUAGUGGCCGAUUGCGAUUUAUUAAUACCUUAUGCAAACAAGUUGACAUCGGUCAAAUGGAUACAGGCGACAUGGGCUGGCUUGGACAAAUUUAUUCCACAUAUACAGAACACGCAAAGAGAUUAUAUACUGACUCGUUUUUCCGACGAGUCAUUUGGUCUAGCCAUGUCUGAAUACGUAAUAGCGCAGAUUGUUAAUUAUGAGCGCGAUCAGAGACAACAAUAUGAGAAUCAAAAACUUGCUGUGUGGAAACAAGAUGGUAAACUGGGGGAUCAUAGAUAUAUACAUGAUUUAACUGUAGGUAUCCUAGGGGUAGGAACGAUAGGAAAAUCUGUGGCAGAAAAACUAAAACUGUUUGGCGCGACUAUUUGGGGAAUGACACGUACCGUUCCAAAAGAGAAAUUAUCGUAUCUUGAUGAAUACAGAACUGUAGAGGGUCUGUCAGACAUUCUGAAAAAUUGCGACUAUGUCAUCAAUGUGCUGCCCUCGACUCAGGAUACAGUGGGUCUCUUAAACGGGAAUGUUUUGCAGCAUUGUAAAAAUAAAGAUUCAGUUUUUAUUAACGUGGGACGUGGUUCUGUUAUUCGAGAAGCAGAUCUGAUAAAUGCUCUUGAGCAAAAAUGGAUUUCAGCUGCUAUCUUAGACGUGUUUGAAGAAGAGCCGCUGCCAGAAGAGAGUAAGCUAUGGAAAUUACCCCAAGUAACUAUUUCACCUCAUAAUUCGGCUCGAACGGUUCCACAAAACGUUGCAAAGCUAUUUGCUACAAAUUAUACUAGAUACAUGAAUGGAGAAAAUAUGAUAAACGUAUUUGAUUUUAAUAAAGGCUAUUAAUUUCACCAAAUAUCGUACGUCGGAACAAUGAAACUUAUAUGCAAUAAAAUAUAAUGAGUAAAGAUAUAUAGAUCGAGAUAAAUAAUUCUUGAGUAUCUUGAGCUGUAUAUCACUUCUGAUAUCGGAAUUUAUAAGUUUUAAUUUUACACUUUACAAUUUUUUAAAGAUUAUAAAACAUAAAUAAGAUUAACUUAUAUAUUUUUUUAAUUCAAAUUACAUACAUUACGUAUAUUUAUAAUUACGUAUAUUCGGAAUUAUAUCAAUAACUUAGCAUUAAUAAUCUAAAGUAUAAAAAUCUAAAUAAAGAGCAUAUAUUUUUAUUAUAUAUUAUAUAUGAACACCGUGUAUCUUUUUUUGCACAUUGCACUCGUUAUAUUUAUGGAGAUAUAUUAAUGUAAAAUAUUGUGAAAAAA